AUGGAUGGCUCCAUUCAGCCCGACGAUGCCGAGGCCGUGCGCCGGACCCAGCGGCAGACCCAGCGGGUGGAUCGCCUGAAGACGGUGAUGUCCAAGACGCAAGAUGUGGAGCCGAAGAAGUCGAAGCUUCCACGGCACCUGGCCAUUUUGAAAGAGCUGAUCUCAGACUUUGGCAAGUGGCUGGCGCAACCGUACAAUGUGGACGUAGAGAUCCCUGACAGCGAUGACGAGGAGAAUGCUCCUCAGGCAGAGGCUCAGGACCUACCGCGAAAGACCUGGAGAGAGAAGCUGCAUACCGUGGUGGUCAGCAAUGGCUUUGAGGCCACAAGUUGCUUCUUGGUUAUCGCCAACCUGGCUUUCCUAGGUGUUCAAGCCAACUGCAACGGCGGCUGUGGCACCUACACCACCGCUAUGCUAUCCACCUUUGAUAACUUCUUUACCGCCACUUUUUUGCUGGAGUGGCUUUUGUGCGUCACCGCACAUGGCGGGUCGUACUUUACGACGCCAGAGACGGUCAUGGCCAAUAUGCUGGAUACUUUCAUAGUGUGGGUCGUUGGUGUUUUCCUGCUUUGGGUCGCACCAGUGCUGCUGAACCAAGAGGGGUUGGCAGCACUGCAGGCCAUCCGCGCGAUUCGUGCCAUGCGGAGCCUGCGCAGUUUCAAGGUGCUGCGACAUUUCCAGAGCUUUCGCAUGCUCUUGACUGGCGUUCUUGGAACAAUCCCCACCCUUUUGGCUUGUUGUUUGAUGAUGUUCUUGACCGUUAUGACCUUUGGUAUCAUUUCAGUAGACAUCAUAGGACGCGAUGAAGCUUGGGGACUCGCUGCUUCGGGCACGGCUGCCUGGUACGUCCAGAAUGGUUUGAUUCAGGCGAGUAUGACGAUGUCACGCUUCAUUUUUAGUGACAACGCGGUGGACUUCAUCGAGGAACUGCAAGAACAGCAACCCUACAUUUGGAUCUACUGUUUCCUCUUCAUGGCGAUCUCCGCCUAUGUCAUUCUGAACCUUGUGACCGCGGUCAUCUGUGACAAGGCACAGCAAAUCGUGAAUGACAACGAGGCUGAACGACUCUUUGAGAUGCGCCAGGAAGAAAAGCGGAACAUGAAAGAUCUCAAGAGGAUCUUUGAAGUCUUGGACGAAGAUGGUAGUGGCCUGGUGACCACCGAGGUUAGGCUUUCCGGAUGCAGCAAUGCAGGGACGGGAAGAAUCCGGGCUGGGAUAUGA